GUGCGCAGGCCUCAGGAUGGCUCGAACCAUGGAGCCGCUGGCGAGGAAGAUCUUCAAAGGCGUUUUAGCAGCUGAACUUGUGGGUGUUUUUGGAGCUUAUGUUUUGUUUAGAAAGAUGAACUCCAGCCAAGAUUUCAGGCAAACAAUGAGCAAGACAUUUCCCUUCGUUUUGGAAGUUUAUUACAAAUCCAUUGAACGGUCUGGAUUAUAUGGAGUUAGAGAGGGUGAUCAAGAAAAGUGGUUGGAGAGCAAAAACUAAGGAUUUCGUUGCUGUUCAGAGUUUAUCCUCACAAGAAACCAACAGUAUCAAUCAGGAUUAAAAUUCCACAUCGACAUGGAUGGAGUUUGUAGUAUGUGAAGCAAAAUAUAAAUUGUAAUUCAGGUCUUAUUCUUUGGGCUUGAAAAAGCUGACUGAAGUAUGUUUAUUGUGUUAUCGAUAAACUUUGUUUAAUAUUAUUGAAAAUAAAAUGUCUAUUAAAAACUCAAA